UUUUCGUAAAUGUAAGAGAGUAAAGAAAUAACUUGAUGCUGGGAUUCGCAUUAAAUGGCCUAGGAUCCGCGUACUCCCUCCCUCCUUGAUAGCAUCAUAUGUUUCAUUUGCUUCUCUAACAUUUUAGCUAUGUAUCUGAAAAAUCAAUAAUAAAGUUUCGGAAAUUUGCAUUGAAAAUUUUUCUUGGCAAAAGUGAUCAAAUUUUCGCACAAUGUCCGUCACUCAAAUAGAUCUGUUGAUGAAUUCAUACUUUGAGCGUACACCUACUAUAGAGUGGUCAUACGUAGGAUUCCUUGAGGCAAUGAAACCUUACUUAAAUUCAGUUCAGGGUCCGCAGGACAAGCAAAAGUCCGUAUGGCGAAAACGGUUUCUAACCCUUCUAACUAAUAUUCUUGUUGAUGAAGAGGAUCAAAAGACACAAAACGAUAAUAGUAAAACACGAUUUGAAACAGCAACUUAUCUGGUUCAACAGCAACAUCCACCUGAAGCUACGAGAUUUUUGGAAAAUGUUGAUUUAGAUAGACAGCUGGUGACGAAAAAGGAUAUCUUUGAUAAAAAAUCGCAAAUAGAAGCAUGGGAUGUGCUCUGCAUUUCUCGUAGUCAGAAAGCUGGCGAAUACGUUAAUGAAGUUAAGUCACGCAUAAUGAACCAAGCUGAGAUGGCAAGAGAUGAAGAAGCGGGUACAUCAUCUGGACAUAAGCAUACCGAAGGAGCUACAAUUCCAGCAAAAAAGUCAGCGUUGGAAGAUCCAAAAAAAGAAAAUUCCAAAAAACGACCAGCCGAAGAAGCUCCAUCAAUCAUCACACCUGCCCCCAACCUUCGCGGUCGUUCUCCCCCUCCAUCCUAUAAAAGUGGAGAUAAUUCUUUUGACGCCGAAGCAUCAACUCCCUCUCCAGUAAUGUUUCUUCGUUUUGUUUGCCAUAUGAUGUGAUAAGUUCGUUUCUAAUCUGCAUUGCUCUUCAAAGUCAAACGACCAUGACGUGUCGGAUACAGGGAUUCAUGAAGACGAAGAUGAAAAUCCUUUCAUCACAAAGAAUGAAGAGGGAUCAAGGAACAAUAAGUUUAAGACAAUUCUAUCAUGGCAACAUGCCAUAAAC